GUGGCCGACACCGACACCGACACCCGGGCCACAACAACGUGUCCAAGUCCGACUCACGGAGACAUCCUGCCGGUCGGAGCCGCGGCUUCAUGCUGGAUCAGCGCGGGGAGGCGUGAGAGUGUCGGCGGGAGAAGCUGCGCCAGCUCGGCCACACACGGCUGGAAAAUGCCUUCCUACCACUGGAGGGUUUGGCCUGCACUCGUGUUUCUUUGGUUCCCUUCCACCGUGGCUGCAGACGCGUCCUCACUACUAGACGGCUGGCAAGAUGUCUGGCUCUUCCGCUUCCUCCUCAACAUCCUGGGGUACUCCACCAUCAUUGUCCCCGGCUAUCUCCUCAUUAACUACUUCAAGCGGUCCAAUUACUUAGAAACAGGCAGUGGACUUUGUUUUCCUGUCAUAAAGAGUUGUGUGUUUGGCACCGAGGACAAGACCGGUGCCGUGGAUGAUGUGUCCGCUUCAAGCAGGAUCGAAGGUGAUUCAGGCUCCUCAGUCAAACAGGCUCUCAAGUUAAUCUUAUGUGCAGCCGGACUUCAGGCAUCGUACCUGACCUGGGGCGUCCUCCAGGAGAGAGUAAUGACUCGCUCUUACGGAGCCACCUCUCCAGAGCAGGAGGGCGAGAGAUUCAAGGACUCUCAGUUCUUGGUUUUCAUGAACCGCAUUCUUGCUCUAACAGUGGCGGGUCUUUGGUGCCUCCUGUUUAAGCAACCUCGCCACGGUGCACCCAUGUACAAAUAUUCCUUCGCCUCUCUCUCCAACAUCAUGAGCAGCUGGUGCCAGUACGAGGCGCUCAAGUUCAUCAGCUUCCCCACACAAGUCCUGGCCAAGGCCUCCAAAGUUAUUCCCGUCAUGCUCAUGGGCAAGAUCGUGUCCCAUAAGAGUUAUGAAUACUGGGAGUACUUCACGGCUGUGCUGAUCUCCUUCGGUGUCGGCAUGUUUUUGCUCACCAGCACAACAAGCAAGCAUCCAUCCACCGUCACCACCUUCAGCGGGAUCAUCAUCCUCUUCGGGUACAUCGUCUUCGACAGCUUCACCUCCAACUGGCAGGACAACCUGUUCAAGUACAAGAUGUCAUCGGUGCAGAUGAUGUUCGGCGUGAACCUGUUCUCCUGCCUCUUCACCGUCGGUUCGCUGCUCGAGCAGGGUGCCUUCUUUGACUCGUUAUCCUUCAUGACGCGCCACUCCGAGUUUGCACUCCAUGCCGUGCUACUCUCCGUGUGCUCGGCGUUCGGCCAGCUCUUCAUCUUCUACACCAUCAACCAGUUCGGCGCUGCCAUCUUCACCAUUAUCAUGACACUCCGGCAGGCCAUUGCCAUCCUUCUCUCCUGUUUCCUUUAUGGUCACGCCGUCACCUUAAUGGGUGGCUUCGGCAUCUUCGUAGUUUUCCUGGCACUUUUCCUGCGGGUGUACGCACGAACCCGCAUGAAGUCGAGCCGGCGGCCAACGCUGCUGGUGACACAGAAGGUGUAACACACGAAAGUUGCACCAAACUGGGAACUAAGACCACAUUUUCUGUGGUACGAUUUGUGUUUUUGUUUUUAUUUUAUUCUUCUUUUUUUUAACUGUUCUCUUAUAUUUGUUUUUAUCUUUGUUAGCAUUGGUACAGAAAGGGAUAGUUGGGGUUUUGACUUUUACACCAAAAGGCCCCCCAAGGGGUCCAUGUAAUAAUGUCAGGUCAACGGGGUUUUGAGUGCCUGUAAAACUAUGUUCGGUUUUAAACUACAAACUGCUUCCGCAGUUCUUUCACGAUUCAACUAUUUUUUUUUUUAAACCAUAUGUGGCUUUGCAGCCAAUUUUAGGUUAUUUUAUGGCUAAAUAUUAAUUUUCGGUUGCUUUAAAACAAAGGUGUGUUUGAUGAUGGGGUAAAAGCUGACUGGAUACAUCUCAGUCUCUUUGUUGGGGAAACAAGGACUUUAUUGUUUACCUUUUAAAGGUGUUAACGUGGCCUGAAUGUGCAAAACCUCCAUUGAUGUUUGAUUCAAAAUAUCUUCAAAUGUUCUGUCCACACUACCAUGAAAGAAAAAUUGUGAAAAUAAAGUGUGCACUAUAAACAUUGUAUACAAUUUAAACCUACAACACGGCACCAAAUGCUGCUGUGAAUGAAUUUUGCACCGUUAUAUAUAUUUUUUUCUCCAACAAUUUUAUGUUACUUUUAAAAGUUUAGUCAACAUAAAAACAUGUAAAUAUAUCUGUCAUUUCCAGAUUGUUUCCGACCGACGUGUCUGUCGUGUUCUUUUGUAUAAGGACUGCUUCGUGUGUGUUUUUCAUGUGAAUGUUCAGAACAACACUGAGUCGAGAUCCUGCCUCGUUGUUGUCACCGGGAUGUGAAGACGCUAUGAAUCUCUGGGACAGUUUGCAGAGCAGAGUGCAUACAAGGGAAAUGCAAUGUCACUGGUACCUUGUUUUUAUCAUUCUAUCUCUGCUAACAGAAUUAAUAAAAAAAAAAAAAAAAAAACCUGUUGAAUUAACUGAACAACAUC